UGAGACUCUAGACAGCUAGACUGACCAGUUCGCAGUUUUCUUAGCCAGAAACCAGAGAGAAGGUCAGUUCUGUAAAUAACAAACUCAAUUUGGUUUUUAAUAAAUAUUCAACAAAAGAAAAGUAGCUGCUUUCCUUAGCUGAGCAAAACUAAAAACCAGUUCUUCUCCCUCCCUGCUACUCUUAUUCUCGCAGAAAAAUAGUCAAAAUCUUCCAAUCCUUCAGACCCAGUCUUCUUCCUCCUAAUAAAACCCGCACUUCAACGCUUCCUGCAGCAAUUCCUCUGUGUUACUUCUUCAAGCUAUGGGUGGUAAUGGCAAACACAGAUGGAAAAUCUCCUUCUACCAUCGCUCCAAAUCCAACCACAAACCUGCUAAUCCUCCAAAAGAGUUCGUUUGCCCCAUUUCUGGAUCCUUAAUGUCCGACCCGGUUGUUGUCUCCUCCGGUCAGACCUUCGAGCGCGUUUCUGUCCAGGUUUGCCGUGACCUGGGUUUCGCUCCUCCCCUCGACGAUGACUCGAUUCCGGAUUUCACUACUGUAAUUCCUAAUUUAGCCAUCAAAUCGACGAUUCUCAGCUGGUGCAAUACUUCUAGCUAUGAACGCCCUGGCCCGCCGGAUUACAGCUCUGUCGAAAAAGUCGUCCGUACGAAGAUGGCGGAAUCCAGAAGUUUGAACCCCGAGAUUAGGGUCUCCGAGAGCGAGUUGCUGAAUGCUGUGGCGGAGAAUCCUCCAGUUCUAUUCUCGCACGCCGCAACCGAGUUUGGUCACCGAGUCAAUCAUUUCUACUCGAGCUCCUCCGAGGAAUCCGUGAUCGUCAAUAACGAGAACGCGAGUCCGUUUACUCCGUUACCUCUCGCGACUCGGCCGGCUUGUUACACUUCGUCUUCUAACUCAUCAUCGGAAAUUACAGAAGCUGAAACCCUAACCCUAAUGCAAAAUACCAAUUCCGCUGACUCCAGUUCCAAUUCCUCACUCGCUGAAGAGAAAGAGAUUUUGGCUAAGCUUAAAAGCCCUGAAGUACACGAACAAGAAGAAGCGGUGAUUUCGCUGAGGAAGCUCACUAGAGCUCGAGAGGAACUGAGAAUUUCUCUCUCUACUCCCCGAUUACUCACAGCUCUCCGUUCCUCGAUUGCUUCGAGAUACUGUGUCGUGCAAACGAACGCCAUCGCUUCACUGGUGAAUCUGUCGCUGGAGAAAGCAAACAAAGUUAAAAUCGUACGGUCAGGAUUCGUUCCUCUGUUGAUUGAUGUGUUGAAAGCAGGAUCCAGUGAACCGCAGGAGCACGCUGCCGGUGCACUCUUCAGUUUGGCUUUAGAAGACGAGAACAAGAUGGCAAUUGGGGUUUUGGGCGCGUUACAACCAUUGAUGCACGCUCUGAGGUCUGAGAGUGAGCGAACUCGUCAUGACUCAGCUUUGGCAUUGUAUCAUCUGAGUCUAAUACAGAGUAACCGGGUCAAGCUGGUGAAACUCGGCGCUGUGCCUACACUGCUGGGCAUGCUGAAAGCGGGUGACUUGGCCAGUAGGCUGUUGCUAAUUUUAUGCAAUUUAGCUGUUUGCAAUGAAGGGAGAUCGGCAAUGCUGGACGGAAAUGCGGUGGCGAUAUUGGUGGGGAUGUUGAGAGAGGGAAGCAAGCGGGUGGACUCUGAAGCUACUCGGGAGAAUUGCGUGGCGGCAUUGUUCGCUUUGAGUCAUGGGAGCUUGAGAUUUAAAGGGCUAGCAAAGGAGGCGAGAGCAGUGGAGGUGUUGAGGGAGAUAGAAGAGAGAGGGAACGAGAGAGCGAGAGAGAAAGCCAAGAAAAUUUUGCAGAUGAUGAGAGGGAGAGACGAGGACGAUGAGGAAGCUGAUUGGGAAGAUGUAUUGGAAUCGGGUGGACUCAGCCGGAGUCGAUACCAGGUUGGUGGCGGGGCGAGAAAUGGGAAUUGCCCAAACUCGUCAAAUUUCUGAUUGUAAAAAGUUUGUAAUUAUUCAUGGGAGAAGAAAACAUGGGGUUUUCACUUUUCAUUUUGAAGGUGUAAAGAACUGAGGAUAUGGAAUGUUUGUGGGCCUUUUUUCCCCUGAUUUAAAAUUUUUGUGUUAAUUGAUUGUAAGUAGGGUUUUUAAGAUUAUGAAAUGCGGAGGUGUAUAUAAAAACAGAUUUUUGGAA